AUCCAAAGCGGACGACGACCGAUGUUAAAACAUCACACGGCAUUUACCGUCGCGCGUAAGGUCCGUCCAUCAGUCCGUCCGUAUCUCCCUCUAUCUCGGCCACCGCCGCCGCCGCCGCCGCCGCCGCCGACGAGGGUGCCGCCGCGUCGUACGCGCGUCUCUCGAGGAGACGUUUCUCGCUCACACACCGCCGCCGACAGAGAGUCUGCGUGGUGUACCUAUAUCCGUACCUACUCGUGUGCGCUCACCCCGACGCGCGUUUUAUAACGACGACAGUUUUUUUUUUUUGUUUAUUUUCACCGCGACCGCUCGUCUGUGGGCACAUGUUACAAUCAUAAUAAUAAUAGGUAUUUAACUAGUUAUUAUAAUAUUGCCUAUAUUGUUUUAUAUAUAUUAUUAUAUACGUUUCGAUACGAAUUUUUCGCGUGCGCCAAUGUGAUGCUGUUCAAAGGUAACAGUAGUCGCCUACAGUUACUCAUCGAAAAGAUACAGUCCAACAAUAAGGACAACAACGACGAACAAGACAUAGAAGAAGCACUGAGUGGCGCGGGCGAGGCGAGCACCGAAGAGGCAGCUUCGUCGUGGAGCUCGGCCGUGUCAGAGGACCACACGUCGCCGGACAGCUGCGCCACGAGCAACAGCCGGCCCGGUUCCACGGUCGACCACCGACGCGAUCGCCACAGCCGUCCACCGUCGUACGCCACGGCCGGCGCCGCUGCCGUCGCCGCUGUUACAGCCGCAGCGAACGCCACCGACACCAACCCGUACGCAUGCCAAUACUGCGACAAGACGUUUCCCCGGGGAAGCUAUCUGAAAAAACACGAACAGACUCAUGGAGAAUCAAUGCCGUUCAAAUGUCAAUUCUGCCGGAGGCUGUUCAAACACAAGCGCAGCCGAGACCGGCACGUGAAAUUACACACGGGGGACAAGAAGUACAARUGUACUCAAUGUGACCAUGCUUUUUCAAGGAGCGAUCACUUGAAGAUCCACAUGAAAACGCACGACAAUCAAAAACCGUUCCAGUGUACGGUUUGCAACAGAGGUUACAGCACGGCGGCCGCGCUCACGUCGCACAUGCAAAACCAUCACAAACGSGCUGCGGAACGGGCCAACUCGCCACAGAUAUCAGGCCCCUCGUACAAGUGCCUCCAGUGCACGCAGAUAUUCCGCAAACCCGACGAACUCCAGAAUCACACUGCGACGCAUCAUCUUGGGGAGCAACUUUCGUCCAACUCACGGAGCUCGAAACGUUCGACACCGCCAAAAACGCCYAACCAAUACAUUUGCAUGUACUGCACCAAAGAAGUGUCCAGCAUGGACGCGUUGCAACAACACUUCCAGACCAAACAUUCUGCGAUCGUCAAUGGCAAGCAGCAAGAGGACAUCUUCUCGGCCGUACCACCGGCGGCCGCGUUCCCGUGGCUCAACUUUGCCGACUCACCCGCCCUGGCCCUACCACCGUACUCGUGUAGGUUGUGUAUGAGCCAAUUCCCGUCCGUCACUUCGUUACAAAAACACUUUACGACCGCCCACUAUCUGAAUUCCGUCCUCAACAACAACAUACCGAACAACAAUAACAACAACAGCAACAACAACAACAACACCAACGGGUGCAAAAGUGGCGGUGGCGGCUUGGUGCCGAUGUUCAACUGGCCGGCAAUGUCUGGCGCAAACGGAUACCAUCACCACCGCCACUCGACGCCRGCCGGCGGUGGUGGUUUCUUGCUCGAGGAAACCGUUCAGACAGGUCCCACAGACUUGUCGCUGUCCUCAUCCAAGCACGGCGGCGGUAAGCACCAUCACACGUCAUCGGGCAAACACAAGUCGGCGGACGACCAGCGGAACCACGCGACCAGCAAAAAGUCCCGUUCGUCACCAGGACGCGAUCUGUCGGCGGCCGACCAGCAACGUCACAUAAAACAAGAACGCGUCGGUAGUCACAACGCGUAUGACAGCAAACACCUGCAGCAGCCGAGGCCGACCACGACUCGCCCGCCUUCGCAGUUAGGCAUCUCCAACCACAACAACAACAAUAACAACAACCACAGCAUUAACAACAACAGCAUUCACGCUGACAACAAGAUCCAAUUGCCGUGUCCGCAUUGUCAUCUGACGUUCGCGCUCUUCGAAGACUACCAGCAGCACGUUAUCGGGCACUUCCUGAUGGCCGCAGCCGAGUACUCGUGCCAGGAGUGUUCCACUUCGUUCGCCACGUCCGAACACGUCCAGAAACACCUGAUGGAAACGCACGCGCAGAACUUUUACCGGUGCAUGCUGUGCAAAGAAGUGUUCCCGACCAAGUCGGCGCUCAAAGUGCAUUUCAGCAUGAACCAUGGCAGYGAACACCGCAUGUUCCGCUGUAACAACUGCACGGGCCUGUCUCGGCCGCUGUUCCAGACGGAAAUCGAGUUCAUCGAUCAUUUACGCAACACCCAUUACUCCGCGAGAUCGCCUCCACCGGUCCAAGCGAACCUGAUGUUGAGGUGUUUGGUGUGCCACGCCACGUUUAACACGCAGUCCGACAUGGAACAACAUUUAGCUAGUCACUCCAAACAGUUCCAAUGCCAAUUCUGUUCGGAAGCGUUCCACAUCGAGUUYUUGUUGGACAGACACAUUCAAACGCAUCACAGUUCGAGCAUUUUGAGUCACCUUAAUCGGAACCACAGGGAAUCGCCGAGUUCCAUGUGCACGUCUCCAACGUACAUUUCCCGGACGUCAGACGGCAGUAAACAUGCGACGGAGAACGGGACGACCGCUUGUGAUAUAUGCGAGAAAAACGAUUUUCGAAAUGAGCUGGACCUAAUGGCCCACAAGAGGACGAUGCACCAGGUGAAACCUACAAAUCUUUCGACAAAAGUGAGCUUACAUUGCGCUUAUUGCAACGAAAACUGCAAAUCGAGAACAGAUCUGGAGAACCAUAUGAAAACGCAUUCGCAACACGGUUCUAAUGUCGGAAAGCACAAAUGCAACAUUUGUGACGAAAUCUAUCAAUCCGCGAUCAGCUUGGCCGAACACAAACUCACUCACUGCAAGGUGGCCACGAGUACCGUGUGCAGUCACUGCAAGAUGACGAUCGACAACGAGGAUCAGUUCCACCAUCACCUCCAGAAGCACUGCAACCCGGUGAACGCGAACGGCAACCAAGUGGCGUUUCCCACGUCUUGCAUCAUAUGCAGGCAAACGCUCGUGUCGGACAUCGAGGUGAAGGUGCACGUGCAUUAUCACCUGUCUCGGCUCAAGGAACCUCCGGCCGUGUGCGGCAACUGCAACCGGUACAAGCGGUCGGCGUCGUCCCCGUGCACCGGCUGCAACCCGGCCAGGAACAGCGGAUCGGAACGGUGUCCGGACUGCGGUGCGGCGUUUGACGCUUUCGGCGCGCUGCAACAUCACCUGACAACUGUCCACAGGAAACCGUUUCACUGUUUUAAGUGCAAGAUCGGGUUCGAGUCGCAGCAGGAGGCCACGAUCCACUUGGGCACCCACCUGGCCACGCUCAACGGUUCCGUGGACGGCAUCGAAUGCGGCCUGUGCCCGUGCGUUCUGCCCACGGCCAACAGCCUCCAGACGCACCUGAUCGAGCACACGUUCGCCGGCUGCAAGGCGUUCACUUGCUACCUGUGCUCGGCCAUAUUCACCGCACCCACCGGACUCCAGGCGCACAUGACCGUCGACCAUUCGGCCGAAACGCCGCCGUACGACUGCCCCAGGCCCGGAUGCCAGGCCAAGUUCUUCUUCACCGCCGAACUGGACAGGCACACGCUCGAGCACCAGGGACAGGACGUGCUGGCCAACAUGAACUUCUACAAAUAUCAAAACAAGCUGAUGUCCAUCUGCGAUAAGUUAUCGUUCAAGUGCGCAGAUUGUUAUCAGAGCUUUUUGACCCAAACCGACUUGCAGUGUCACGUGUAUGACCACCAUCGGCAGCAGAAAGACGCACCGCCGACGGGACCGGAAUCAAAAGACGUCAAACAGGAAAUGAGCGGAUGCGUGGUUAACGGUAACGCGGAUGAAUCACAGCUUUUGGGUGGAUGCGAACGGGCUGAUAACCCAAUCAAAGAGGAGGAAGAUGGGAACGAGGUGAACGUGAAAACGGAACAUCAUGAAAAGGACGACGAGGACGAAGAGAUGAUCGAUGUAGGUGUGAACAACCGUGGCGAAUYAAAGUCGGGAGACGAUGAAGAAGACGUGGACAUGCGUUGACGGAGUGUCGUCACUACUCGGCGUUUAGGAUGGAGUGUUCGUCAACCAGGCCCAAAAAUUUAUGUUGUUAUUCUCAAAUUGUAUUUCAAAAAGAAUAAUCACCUCAAAACGUAUUAAGACGAYAGACGUGUGAACUCGAUUUUUCCCCAGGGCCUCUCUGAAAUUGUUUCUUAUAUAUUAUAUUUCACCGUCAUAAUAAUGAUUUAUGAGAAUACAGUUAUUAUUAUUAUUAUUAUUAUGAUUAUUGUUUUUUAUUAUUGUUAUACAUACGCGCAAAUGAUACGCAUGAUAUUAGAGUAUAUUGUUUUUAAUAAGUAAAUUCGUAUUAUUGUUACAUAUUAUUAUUAUUAUUAUUAACGGGAUAAUAUAGUACACGUAAUACUCAGCGUGUUCUGUUUAUAUUACUAUUAUUGUAUGCAUUACAUAUGAUUGUAUACGUUGUAUUUACGGUAAAUAAUGCGCACACAUAAAGUUUUAGGUGGUGAAAUAUUAUUAUUAUUAUUAUGACCUCGUCGAGGAAUGAAUUAUAUUAUUCGAGAUAAAUUAUGUUAUCRCUUUCUUUUCGUACGUAUAUUAAUACUUUUUAGCGUUAUUGUUCAUAAUAUUAUAAAUAUAGUAUUAAACGAGUCUUACAUA